GAGCACCGUACUACGAAGGGACAGCUUCACGCUCAUCCGUUGCUGACAUAGAUUCUGAAUGAACUUUUUUCGUUUCAUCCUGGCCCCCGACUACCUUCACCAAAGCGAUUUGAAUACGAGAUGGAAUACGGCAGCAUAUGGGCACCAACAGAUUCAUCAAAAUGUAUAAGAGGCUCGUCACACCUUGUGCUUCCCUGAGCUGGAAAAUCACAUAAACCCCAAGAGUUCAGACAGCAACGAACAUCGAAAAUGCGCACUGGAAUACUGGCCGCCUCGUUCGCCGCUCUCUUGGCUGUAGCCUAUGGAGGCCCCACGGGUCUUCAGAGCGAUGCAAGCGAUAGGCAUAUCAAUGCUAUCCGUGCCGUAGACGACGCGAAUCUGGAUACUCUGGAACACAUGAAUACAGACUUCAGCCUCGAGGACGGGGAUCCAACGUACAUUCAAGUCAAGAACAAUUUCACGGGCGCACCGCCUUGCGGAGAUGGGUGGAAAGUCCCUGGUGGUACUGUGCUUACAGACAAGGCCAUAAGCGACGCUCGCCGUACCGUCGGAUCGAGAUAUCCGAAAUCGGCCAAGAAGCCGUGGAUCUGCGAUUAUCAAUAUGUGCUUUGUGUGAGGUAA